CGUCUGUGCGGGCUUGAGCGGCCACUCCAUCCAUCUUUGAACGCACUCGCAUCAUGUCUCGCUGCUCGUGACCGCGACAUCCAAAAUGAGCGACGCCAUUGUAUCAAAGAACCUCUACGAGCUCCUGGGCAACGACCCGGAGCUCGACCCCGAGCGGGCCACUCCCCCAGUCCCGACUAAGGUCGUCGACAAGACACUCCCGCGAACUGGAAAGCGCAAUGGCCCAGCUGAGGGAGCUGCCCGAGAGGGUGGCGCACGAUCAGGUGGACGUGGCGGCGCUGUAAGAGGCGAAGGCGCCAGCCGUGUCGACCAGCAGAACCGCGAUGACGGCCUUCGCAGCGAUCGUCACUCUCGACCAGUUAGGGACUACGAGCGUCGCGGCGGCGAGGGACGUGGACGUGGUGACCGACGAGGCCGUGGCGGCUACGGUGGACGUGGACGCGGUGGUGCUCCACGCGACGACCGUCACAGCCACACUGGCAUUGGUGACCAAGAGAAGCAAGCUGCACACGGCUGGGGCGCUAAGGACGGCCAGUCCGAGUGGGCAGACGAGUCCGCUGGCGAUGCCAUUGCCAAGGCUGAAGUUAACAACGAGCCUGGCUUCACUCCCGACACCAGCGCUGCAGACCCAGCAUUCACGAACGGUCCAGACGGCGAGGUUGGCGAGGAUGCUGCCGGCGAGCCUGAGGAGAAGGUCAAGUCUUACGACGACUACCUGAAGGAGCUCGCCGAGAAGAAGCUGGCCCUUUCUGGCGAGUCACCUGCCAUCCGCAAGGCCAACGAAGGAUCCAAGACCAAGUUCCCUGAAGGUCAGGCGGUCAACCGCGAGCAGGAAGAUUUCUUCGUCGGCGGUGGUGGCAAGACCAAGAAGGUCAAGGAAGUCAAGGAGAAGGAGCGCAUCAACAUUGACGGCCAGUACUACGCCGCACCAGAUGCUGGUGACCGUGGUGGACGCGGUGGACGCGGCGGCCGCGGCCGUGGAGAGGGUCGUGGCUCUUUCCGUGGCGAAGGCCGAGGUCGUGGUGGUGGACGUGGCCGUGGAGACCGUGGCGACUUUAGAGGAGCGCCUCGCGGUGGUCCACGUGGCUCCACUUUCAACGCCAAUGACUCCAGUGCUUUCCCAGCGCUCGGUGCUUAAGCGCCUAUGAAUCCCACCACGGUUGACGUGCCCCCAAAGAAAAGCACGAUCGCGAACAGGAGGCUGCGACUAAUGCAAAGCGCGCCUCAUGGCGAGUUAUGAAUCUGUCGAGUGUAACCGAAGAACAAAAAUGCCAAUCUUAACGUUUGCAUUCACAUUUCUCUUUUCUCAUCCUACUCGUUCGUUUUGACGCUCAAUUGAUAUCGAUUGCACACUACUUCCAUUGACGAUAAGUCUCCAGAGGGUCAGCAUUCUCCUGGGUCAAAUCUGGAACCUGAGCGCUCAAAGGUCUGACAUCAACUCAA